AUGAGUGAAGUGGGGCCAAGAAGGCCCCCCCAGGACCAGUCCUCAGGGAGUGGGCACACAGUGACCACGUCACGUCACCCCUAUAUCACAGACCCCAUCGCCUCCAAGCACGUCUGCUUCUACAAGAGCGGUGACCCUCAGUUCAGUGGCCUGCGCAUGGUCAUCAACAACCGCACCUUUAAGACCUUCGAUGCCCUUCUGGACAGCCUCUCCAAGAAGGUCCCGCUGCCGUUCGGAGUGAGGAACAUCACCACCCCGCGGGGGGUCCAUGCGGUGCACACACUAGAUGAACUGGAGGAUGGGAAGGCCUACAUCUGCUCAGACCAGCGGAAGGUCAAACCCAUCAACAUGGCAGCAGCCAGUAAGAAGCUGCCACCGUGGUACCAUGCCAGGCCCAUGAGCGCCCGGCGUCGGGCCUUGCAGCUGGCCAAACAGAACCCUGGCAGGCCCAUGCACAAAAAUAUCCCUGUGAUUGUGCGCACACCUAAGAGGCUAAUGGUGUUCCGGAAUGGGGACCCAAGUGUCAAACACAAUAUAAUGCUACAGAAGAGGACCACUCCCACCUUUGAGGCGCUGCUGGAUUACGUGUCCGAGUUGAUGCACUUUCCUGUGGUCAAACUACACACACCAGAUGGAAGAAGGGUAAGUGCUCUCCCCAUGCCUAUGGACACACUACAGUUAAUGAUAAUCAUAAUAAUUCAGAUUUGCUUGUUAUUGUUUAGUACCACUUCUUUCAUAUGUUCCAUCUCAAGAUCCAUUUAGAGCAGGACACCACAGCUGAUACUGUAACCAAACACGUGUGCCUCCCCUUUAGAGGUUCAGGCACUCAACUCUUACCUCACACAACAUUGGUAUUAUCCUGUGAUGCCCUCACCUCAUGACUGGAGGUGACCCAGCCUCAACUUAUUGGCAGCAUGUUGCCUGACUGACACAUAAUAGUUGGACUCAGAACAGGCUCCAUAAAUAACAGUCAGAAAAAGAGAAAGUCCUAAGCUCCUUAAUUCAUAUAGCCUAUUAACUGAGAAGGCAUUCUGGGAUACUGUUUCUAGGGAGUAGGGACCUCAGGAAGUUCACCUUUUUCUGAUGUGUCAUGAGAUUGAUUUAGCCUUGGUGUCCAAUAUUUAUUGAAUUAUCAAUUUAUCAAUUCAAUUCAUUUUAUCAAUUCAAUUUAUCAUAUAAACUCUUUUACUUCUAUAUUUUGCAAAUUGUACAUGAUUUAGGUACAUACAUGAUUUAGGUACAUAUUUGGUACAAAUAUUUAGGAUAAAUACAGUGUUAGCCUUAAGUCAUGAUUUUAAAAGUGAGCUAUUUUAAUAAUUAAUAGAUGCCGUUUUUCACAUCAAAAUCUAAUUCCACUAUUAUCAGAUUACAAAUAAAAAUAUUAAAUUUGUCUGUCUGCAGGUGGAUGGGCUCCCUGCUCUGAUUCUAUGCUCUGGGAUUGUAGUAGCUGCCGGUCGGGAGGCCUUUAAGUCUGGAAACUACAAGUCACAGAAAUCUUCUGCUCCAACAUGGCUGCCUGCCAGACGAAUGGCAUCUAAAAGACUAAAGCAACCAGCACCCUGUAAGUCUAAUUAGCUAUGUUCACUCAACAUUUUGUAUGUUUUUGUAGAAUGUUUUUGGCUUGAUGUUUUAAAUAUAGUUUGGACAGCAUAUCCCUUUUAACUGCCAUGUUUCGCAUUACUUUGAGAAUAUUGAAAAUGUAUUGUUAGACAUGAAUGUAUGUCACAUCUACAGUGCUACUGUCUGUCUAGCAGUAAUCUAUCCCCUCCCUGUCUACGUACCUGUACGGGAUAAGCAGUAGGAAAGUGCUGAGAUGUUAGUAUCAUCCAUAAUACCAUGGAUGACCUACAUAGACCUACUCUCUUCAUAUGCGGCCAGUCAUUAUGCAGUAUGAACUGUGUGGACAGUGGAUCUGGUUUUCCUGACUAAUGUUUUUGUUCUCUUUUUCUUCUUGCUUCUGGGAUUUGCUGACCUGCUGAAACAUCCUUGCCUCCAAAAACAUUCCAUCCAUCAUUCUUCACACUCUCUCCUUUGAUCCUCUCCAAAGGGAAAAAUAAGUCUGUAUCCAGCAGCAAAUCACGGCUUUUCUCCUCAUCGUCAGAGAGAUACUUUGUAAAUCAGAUACACCACUCCAUUGCAGGAAGUCAGUGUGACCUCCCCAGUAACAAUACAGGAUCUGUGGAGCUGGAGGCUGGCCAUUUUCUGGAGUCAGUGGCCGAAACGGACGCCGACACCUACCAUGGAGAUGGGAAUGAAGGGGCAGACAACUGUAUGCCCGGUGAUGAUGACAUUGAGAAGUCCUUUCGGGUGAACCAGGAUGGCAGCAUGACGGUGGAGAUGAAGGUACGACUGACCAUCAAGGAGGAGGAGACCAUCCACUGGACCACCACCCUGACCAGGUCCAGUGUGGCCAACCAGCUCAGUGUGGCUGAGUCUGAGCUGGAAAUCAGUUCUCCUGAGUCCAACGUCCUACCACCGGCACAACCCAAUGCCAUGGGCACCAUCAAUGGGUACAAUGCUAAAAAGGAUGAUCAUGAUGAUGAGGAUGAUAUGUCUCCAGAGGCCAGUGGACUUACCAGUGUGGAAGGAGAUGAUGAGGAUAAUGCUAAAAUACAUGUUGGUGUGGCCUCUCUCAGGAGGGCUCCUACCCCAUGUCCCAGGAGAUCCAGACAGAAGCAGGCCUCAGUGGAAAACAUAAACACAACAUCAGGAGAUGAUAUUCAGGAGAACAUGGUUGGAUCAUAUUCCUACAGAGAGACAACUAAGAAUAGAGAGGUAAAAGAGGAGUACUGCAUGGUCAGACAAUGCAGCAGCAGGCCAGUCCCUAAACCAAGGAGAGUUGGCUCUAUGGAUAUCAACAAUUACAAUAAGACUCAAUCCACUUUUAAAUCAGGGGUGGCUGAGAUCUUACAGAUCCAAAAUGGGGGGGAGGAAGUCAGAGAAAGUGUAAUGCACAUAUACGAGCAGCAGACCUGUCAGGACAAUUUCCUUGCUAACAGCCAGCACAGUGUCCAGGGUGUGUCCAUGUAUGGGCUGAUGUAUGGGAGACCAGCCACCUCGGAAGCAGCCCGCUUCUCCUCCAGGAAGGACUUAGAGAUGGAGCUGGAAAGAUCCUCUACAGCCUCAGAGUCAAUCAGCGUGCGGAGGGCUGACCAGUCUCUAUCAUCUGACUUCACCAUAUCCACAUUUAAGGCUGGAGGAUCUCUCCUAAAAAACAGGGUACUAAAUGUCCAUAAAACCCCUCUCUUCAAGCCCACCAAAGACAAUGAGACCCCAGAGUGGGUCUCUGAAGCAAGCAAAGAAAAUUCCACCACUAAAGGUGGAAAGAAAGUCAAGAAAAUGUUGUCAAAGCCCAAAGUGAGAAAGAACCAGGUUCGUAAGAGCACAACACCAGACAAAAGAUGUAAAGAGAGUAAUGCAAAUGCUCCUGAAAACAAUAAAAGACUGAAAACUGGGAGGUUUAGCAGCAAUGCAUCCAUAAGGAAAAUAUAUGGACCAAAACCUGCCAGAAGUCUAAUAAAAAAUAAACUAAAAGGAAAGGAAAUCAAAUUAAAUAUUGAAAACCCAAAGGCAUCGUCAGUGAAAGAACUAAAUGUUAAUGAAAAAAGAAACGAGACUUCAGUUUCAGUAAAUAAUAAAUUAUUGCAUGUUUCAUUUCCUACGGAGGACCAUGUGAAGGGAACACUGAAAAUGCUGAGGUCCAUGCACGAGGAGAGAAGGAUUGA